AUGUCUGAAAGUUUCUAUCUGUCAGGUGAUUGUCAAUUGUUCAAGUUGUUAGAAGAUCCUGCAAAUCCCAUUCAGAUUGUAGUCCUUCAAAGGAGUAUUGUCAAUACUCUAAACUCUCUCGAUCCAUUGGUCAACUCAACCAUUAGUUUAGAUUUGAUAGUCCAUGACUCAAUGAAUGAAUCAAUUUACAACUAUGGAAAUAUUCAACAAAUUAAGAUGGCAAAUGCCGAAAAUAGUAAUAAUACACCACCAGUAUCAAUUAAACUUACCAAUCACCAUACAACAGAAAUAAUUCAAACAAUCGCUCAGUUCCAUGAUGCCAGAAAUAUUCUUUGGAUUCUGGAGGACCUGGAGGAUUAUGACGGACAUGGAAUUGGAUAUUUGAUAAAGACAUUAGGAAUCACUCCUGUUGUGAGCUCAAGCCUCUAUGACCUCAGUAAAUCAUUGUUUAAACGUGAUCUCUUUGAAUAUGGACAUCUCCUAACACCAGAGAAAGAGAUGAAACUGUCAGAUCCAACAGAUAAGUUCAGGCAAACAUUACCAUCAUUGGAGUCACUGAAAUACAUACAAUCGUUGAAUCCAGAGUUUAUCAAUGUCGCAUUCGAAUCGAUUGACCAGUGGACAAAGGUAGAGUCACUUCAAUUCUUUUUGGACCAUUGCUCAAAGAUCACCAAUAGAAAUACAUACUAUCGAUUCUUACUUCAAUCAUUAUGGGAUUCGAUUGCAUGUGGUCGAUUGGAUCUGGUAGUGUGCUUGUUCCAACACAAACCAAGAACCAAUUGUGGCUUUGAAUUGGAAAUUGCAAUUCAUUAUGAUAGAUGCGAUAUUGCAAAGUUUAUCAUCCAGAGAAUCACUUCUGUUAAACAAUUGAGACCAAGAUUAUUUAAAUUUUUACCUAUAAGAUUCAACAUUCUCAAAUAUUUAAUUGAAAGUUUUUCAUCUAUUAUUUCAGAGGAAACCCAUGUGACACCAAUGAUGGAUGUAUCCAUUAAGUGUGGACUCAUCAAUUCUUUUUCUUAUCUUUUGGAGAAGUUUCCAGGUGCCUAUUAUAAUAUCCAUGAAUGCCUUUCACAUCACGGAGGUGAAACAUUAGAUUUUAUUAUUACACAAAUGAACGACCAACAAAGAGCAAAGGAAACAGCUAAAUUCAAAGAUAUUUUCAGUCGAGCACAUUCUAAUGGAUUCCGCAAUGUUCUGUCAGUUUUAGAGAAACAUAAUCUUUUAUUAAAACCAAGAAAAAAAAUAAAAGUUAAGCAUUAA